GUUCGGUCACGUCACGCGGGGCGCGCAGGGACGACCGUCGGAGACCGCCAUCUCGAUGCUGACUCGAGUCUACCUAGCCUCGCCGUCUGGCCACCGCUCACCCGACAAGUCGCGCGGGACUCGAACGCAGACUCGGAAGCCCGCGGCGAUGACGUCGCGCCUUGACAGCUGGCGUGCCGGCAGCCUUCGCGCCCUUCUCUCCUCCUGCGAUCGCUGGCACACCCAACCGCGUACCCGCUGACAGCUCGUCGGAGCCGGCGCGACAGCGAGCACAUCCCACCAAGCAGCCACCCUCCCGUCCCCGCGUCCUCGCGUCCUCUCUACGCCGUCGCAAUCGUGUCGUCAUCCGCGGUUGCCGCGUCGACGUCCCCAGUAGUUGCGGGAAGAGUGAAUGCCAAGCAGCGAGUCGAUGCGGGCAGCGAGCGCGACACGUCGACAGGGGCUACACGCGAGCGGACGACUCUCCUCUCCCAACGCCCAUGACCAGCAGGAACCGCGAGCCUCGCUCACGCGCCGCAUCUCUCGUUCGCGCCGCGCGUUCCGUCACCAGCUCUCGUUCCCGCUCUCGUGCAUCUACUCCAGGCUCUCUUGACCUCACUGAUAGUACGUCCGCGGCUGGAUUUACGUCUGGAGACAGGAAGCGCAAGCACAGAUCAGUCAGCCUGCCAAGGCAGCCCAAAAGAUCGCGGAGGAUUGCUGCUAUACACGCUCCGCACGACGGAUCAGAAAUCGGUACAUUCUCGGCGGGAAACACGCAGGCUCUAUCUGGCGAGGGCCCCGGGGAAGUUGGCUUUGACCUGACAGUCGCGGACGUACUGGAGCAGCCGGAGCAGUACGCCGACGUCGAGACUUUGCCCGACAUUGGGCUGGGGGUCGUUGACAGGCCCCCCUCUCCUUCUGCCAACGCGAAGGGGAAACAGCGCGCCGCUACGCGCUCACCUACACCCGAGCCCAAAGCGGAGCCCGCUUUGCCCGCGCCACCGCCCAAGCAGACGCCCCUCGCCGAGUACACUUGCCCAAUAUGCUUCUUCGCGCCGACCAAUGCGACACUGACUCCCUGCGGCCAUAUCUGCUGUGGGAGCUGUCUGUUUACGGCCGUCAAGACCGCGAUGUUGCGUGCGGCGCAUACGCCGGAAGGAUUGGAGGCAAAGUGCCCCGUCUGCCGUGCCACAAUCCCAGGCUGGGAUGGUCGUGGUGGAGGCGUGAUCGGUCUCAAGUUACGUUCGAAGUCCAGCUUGCCGAGAUGGAUGCCCAUGUUCGCGCAUACCCUUCCCCACAUCUCCUCUGACAUUCCGGGCUCUAUGCGCUCUAUCCCUCCCUUAAGAAAGACGCUCGUCAGGAAGGCCGCCACUGGCUUCACCUGCGCGUACGACAAUACCGAGCACAUGAAUUCCAACACGAUCGGCCUGUUUUCGACGCGCUCGUCCUCUCGCAGCUCCACCGGAUCGGUGCCGCGCGAGCGGGAUGAGCGUGCGCAAGGUCACUCGCGGGGUAUACGGGGCAAGCGCAUCGUGUAUGCUCCACGGCGCAUCCGGCAUUAUCUCCAGCUCCUCCAGCUCCGGCCACGCCUUGCACAUCAGCUCGACCGCGCCGUCGAUGUCCGCGUCGCCGCUCUGCCACCCGAUGGCGGCGCUGGUGAUGUGCGGGAGCGCGAGGAGGGGGAGUGCGCCAGCCAAGCCGGGGACGACGUUGACCUGCCCGCACCGCGACUUUUCUCGGAAUCCCUAGCCAUCGCCUUCACUCGAAAGCCUGAAAAGCCCCUAAUCAAGUCCCGCUCUACCGAAAUCGCGAGCUUGCCACUCACCCUCCCUGCUGGUCCCCCUGCUCAAGAAGAACUGACAAAACGUCAGGUCGCUGCACAUCAAGACGACCACGGGCAAGCCCGUCCGCUUGUUCUAAGCGUUAGCCGUCGCGUCGUCGAGUGCGAGUCAAAGCGACUCGAAAACCCACCCCAAGUCUCGAGAGAAGGGCGCGUGACAUCCACCUCGCCUUCUGCUCAUUACGAGCCCCCUUCUGCUAUCCCUUCCCUCGCUCGUGAAGACCGAAGACGAAGGCGGCUAGCGCGUCAACGCAGUCGUUCCAUCGCACCAGAACUGCAGAAACGUCAGCGCGUGAAUGAGAACGCACGCCCCAAGCGCACCAAUUCCCAUCUCAGUGCCCCUCCCUCGCCGUCGCGCACCAUCUCACGGUUUCCCAGGCUUGAGAAUCGCGUUGAAGGUGGCGCGCGUCGUGGAUAGAAGGGGUAACGGAGGGAUAUCGGAGGGGAGGGUGUAG